AUGAGUGUCGAAACCGUGGAUCACCUCACCUCUGUUGGUGUCACCGAGAUGGAGAAAGCCGAGCAUACUGUCAAAGAUCUUGAUGCAUCGAAGUUAACAAUUGAGCUCACAAAUACUCCCAGGCCUGUGCCCGAAUUGAACUCAAAAGAAACUUGGUCUUGUCGAGCUUGUUCAGAUCAUAUGGUGACGGUAACUUGGUUGGAAGGAAAGGGCUGGCAAGCUCCUAAAAUUGUACCGUAUGGCCCUCUGACAAUGAUGCCUACCGCUUCUUGCUUGCAUUAUGCCACCCAAUGCUUCGAGGGAAUGAAAGUAUAUCGUGGAUUCGAUGGGAAGCUCCGACUAUUUCGACCAGAUAAGAAUUGCCAGAGAAUGGUGAUAAGCUCCACCAGGGUUUCACUACCCGCUUUCGAUCCUGUAGAGCUAGAGAAGCUAAUCAAAGCAUUGAUGAAGGUCGACGGCGCAAAAUGGUUGCCUAAGUCACAACCGGGCAAUUUCCUCUACCUAAGACCCUCCAUCAUCGGAAAUGGAGAAGAACUAGGAGUAAAAGCCCCGGCCGAAGUUUUGCUUUUCAUAAUAGCUGUGCCAUGGCCUGAUCUCUCGACAGGAUGGAAUCCAUCUGGAGGAGGAGUUCCAGGGUUGAAGCUUCUUGCUUCUAAGAAUGAUACUCGAGCAUGGCCAGGGGGUUUUGGAUACGCAAAGGUCGGCGCAAAUUAUGGGCCUGCUUUCGUCGCAGCAAUGGAGGGACGUAAAAAGGGCUACGACCAAAUCUUGUGGUUGUUCGGCCCGGAUUACCAGGUUACUGAGGCAGGAGCAAGUAACUUCUUCGUUGUUUGGCAAUCAAAGGAAGGAACAAGAGAACUCAUUACUGCUCCCUUGGAUGACAAGAUAAUCCUCGAUGGAGUAACUCGUAGAAGUGUUCUUGAGCUUGCUCGGACGAGAUUUGUAGCCAAGUCGGCAUAUCUAAGCGAUGCCAUUAAAGAGCUUAAUAUCAUUGAACGGACAUACACUAUAGCUGAAGUCGAGGAAGCUCAGAAGGAAGGUCGCCUCAUUGAAGCUUUCGUUUCAGGUACUGCGUAUUUCAUUACUCCCGUUUCGGCAAUUUCUGUCCAUGACGAGGAGUUCCCGAUCAACAUGGACGCUGGCCACACUGGACAUUAUGCGGGUAUGCUGAAAGAGUGGCUCAUGGAGAUCAAGUAUGGCAAGGUUGACCACGAAUGGGGUGUUGUUGUUGAUGAAGAUUAG